AUGGCUAAUCUUGAUCUGAAGACAGUCUUCCCACCGGUGCCAGCUGCCGAGCGCAAUUUCGCGACAAAAAUCUCGUUCAACCCUCAAAUCAAGUGUGUGGCAUAUGGGUGCGGAAAGGCCGUGUACGUUAGAUCGCUUGACGAUGACUUCUGUGUUCAGUUCAUAGGCCAUGGUACAGCGAAGGUGACAGUCGUGCGCUUCUCGCCUGCAAAAGGCUCCCAGUACCUAUGCUCGGGUGAUGAGCACGGGAGGGUUAUGGUGUGGGAUUGGACACGUGAUGAGAACGGGCAAGUGUCAACCGCGCUCAAGAGCGAGUUUCAGGUGCUUGCAGGCCCCAUCACAGAUAUCAGCUGGGAUAUGGAGGCACGCCGCCUCUGUGUAGUCGGUGAAGGACGCGACAAGUUUGGUGCAUUCAUUUCUUGGGACACUGGAAAUUCAUUGGGCGAGCUAAGCGGGCACUCCCAGCGUGUAAACGCAUGCCACAUCAAACAAAGCCGUCCAAUGCGUUGUUUUACGGUUGGGGAUGACGGUGCUUGCGUUUUUUUUCAGGGCCCCCCUUUUCGCUUUUCAGGUAGUGACAGGACACAUCACGAUCAAGGAAAGUUUAUUCGUGACGUUAAGUUCUCGCCCGGACCAGGCGCCUACGCAGUUUCAGUCGGCAGCGAUCGUAAAAUUGUUUGCUUUGACGGGAAAAGUGGCGAAUUCGUCAAGUACAUCGAGGACCCUACGGACCCUGUUCAAGGUGGCUUGUACGCCGUUGAUUGGAUAGACGAAGGCGACAGCUCGAAGAAAUUCGUGACUGCCAGCGCAGACGCCGCUGUUAGAAUGUGGGACGUUGAAUCAGGAAAGUGUGUGCAGAAGUGGACGCUGGAGCCAACCUUGCCCAACCAACAAGUUGGUAUCGCCACAAUUAGCGAGACUCAGGUUGUCUCUGUAUCGCUCGACGGUUCGCUCAACAUAUUCCAAGUUGGGCAGAAAUCUCCUGUAAAAAGAAUUGUGGGGCAUAACAAAACUAUAACUGCCUUGGCAACUUCCCCGCUUGUCUCUGGUUCUUACGACGGCAGAAUUAUCGAAUGGAGCUCAGAUCCAAACUCCGCAAAGAUGUUAAACUAUCAUAGUAAUCUUGUGGUUGCAAUUGAGAACAUGAACCACACAGCCACAACCUCAUGGGACAGUACGUUCCAGAUCGACGGCAAAGUAUGUUGCACUUUCUCGAGCCAGCCCAAAGUCGCUGCUUCGCAUGAGGGUGUCAAGGCAGUCGUGACCUUGGAUAAUAAGCUCCAGAUCCUUGACUGCGAGAACGGCAAUAUUUUGUCUUCCCGUGAGCUUUCGGGAAACGCUUCUUCCGUCGGCCUUGGCAAGCAGUUUAUCGCCGUGGGUUACGAACAGUCAAAUGACAUAGAAGUUUUCAAAUUAUCUGACCUUUCUGUUAGUUUCACUCUCACAAACGGCCUACGGGCAACUCCCUCCUGCCUCUCAUUAUCACCUUCGGAGAAAUAUCUAGCUGCCGGUGACGUUAUGGGUAAAAUUCUUUUGUUUGACUUAGAGACCAAAGGUGUAAAAACCUCGCGCUGGGCAUUCCACACAGGAAGAAUCAACGGCAUGUCUUGGAGACCCACCGAAAAGGGUUCCGAAGAAGAAGAAGAAGACCUCAUUGCAACUGCCUCCCUCGAUACCCAUGUCUUUGUCUACUCCCUUAAGAGACCUAUGAAGAGCAUAAAACAUUUGAAUGCCCACAAAGACGGUGCGACAUGCGUUGCUUGGGAUGGGCCUUCGACGCUUUAUUCCGCAGGGGCUGACUCUUGUAUUAGAGAAUGGCACUUGACAUUGUAA